AACGUAUUAUUGGAUCUAAGAACCUCGAUAUGGACCUUGAUCUGAUUGGUUGCCUACUAACCAUAUUUUGUUAAGCGAACUCUCAUUGGCUAAUGGUGGUACGUUCAAAUCCUCCAGAUCUGACAAGGAGCUAAAAAUCCGUUGAUUAAAACUGUGUGAAAACAGAAUCAUUGCCUUAUGUCAAGAAAGAAACCAUCACUUGCCCUUAAUAAAGUGCAAGCACCAGGAUUUCUAAAAUAUGACUUGAGUAAGAUACCACCAAAGUUAAGGAGGAAAAGUAAUGUUUGUGCUGCAAGCAGUUCUGCUAAAUUUGUCAAGAAAUCAGCUCCAUUGUCCAUAUUCAAUGAAGAGUUAGACGUGCCAAAUGAAGUUCCUCCGACCAUGGAAGAAGUUUCUGCAGCAUCCUGCAGUAUUCCUAUUGAGAACAAUUUCAAACUUUAUUGUCUUGGAAUUGUUGAAUCACAGUAUUUUUGUCCGUGCAAUGGCAGCAUGACUGUAUUUGCUCUGGCUGAUUUUGAUGAAACAAGAAAGGAACUUCAGAAGCAUCAGAUACAAACUGUGAGAAGGAAAGCAGUCAAAUUUGAAGGAGACACUCGAUGGAUUUGCUUCUGCUCCUGUAAUCCACUGCAUGCAGAAUAUGUGGAUGCAUUGUCUGCAAAUCUACUUACUUCAUAUGAAGACUUCUCAGAAACGAAAUGUAUACAUGUUAGAGUGGUUGAGAAGUUCACUGAUGAAUUUGAUGAUAUUUCCCCGGAUGUGUACUUCUCAGAGCAUUCAUAUGGCAAAAAAGAGACAGAGGGACUGAAAGAGCUGUCGCUUUUCUUUGUAAUGGAUUUGUGGGUUUGAGAAUUCAUGCAUCCAUGCAGAUUUACCAGAAAAGAGAGAGAACGAGCACAUGGCGAAAUCUGUCCUGGAAUGGAAGCUUGAUGGAAGAACUGUUCCUCCUGACCACUUAUUCACCAGUUUUAUUGCAAUUUAUCCAGACACCAGGUUGACCAAAGUGAGAUUUGGAAAUGGACUGGAACCUGAUACAUUCAACUCCAUAUAUUUCAAGUGUCUGAUCGUCUUCAUAAUAUCCGAUGUUAUACCGGUAUCCACUGUGUUCAUUCUGGAAUCCGUGAAGUUUGUGAUAAUCGUGUGUAAAUGUUGUGUUGUACCCAUAGUAUUAUAUCCCGGAAUGUGUUCCAAUUAGUGAUUGCUGAGGACCAUGGAGACUGGUGCUGUGAAAUGAACUUAGCAAUGUGACAUAUUCACCUGAUUAUGUUUUGCUUAUAUUUUGUAUAAUGUAUGUUUUUUAAAGGGAAUUUGAUUGAAAUGCACCACUCAAUUUUAGUCAAAUGCAUAGCAUUUGUCUUUAAAGGGGGAGGAAUGUGGUAGAUCGGGAUUUCAUUUCUAUUUAUUAUUAUAAGUAUUCCGAUCCCGAUGUGAUUUUAUUCCAUUACUUUGGUAACGCCCACUUUAUACGAACGCCAAUAACUUUAAUGACAGUUGUCUUUGUUCUCUUUUCCGUAUAUAAACCAGUGUAAGUCCUUAUUUGAAGAGGGAGACGGCUGGUUUCGCUAGCUACUUUUCUCCAAGCAGAGAGGGGGAGGGAGACGGCUGGUUUCGCUAGCUACUUUUCUCCAAGCAGAGAGGGGGAGGGGGACGGCUGGUUUCGCUAGCUACUUUUCUCCAAGCAGAGAGGGGGAGGGAGACGGCUGGUUUCGCUAGCUACUUUUCUCCAUGCAGAGAGGGGGAGGGAGACGGCUGGUUUCGCUAGCUACUUUUCUCCAAGCAGAGAGGGGGAGGGAGACGGCUGAUUUCGCUAGCUACUUUUCUCCAAGCAGAGAGGGGGAGGGAGACGGCUGGUUUCGCUAGCUACUUUUCUCCAAGCAGAGAGGGGGAGGGAGACGGCUGGUUUCGCUAGCUACUUUUCUCCAAGCAGAGAGGGGUAGGGAGACGGCUGGUUUCGCUAGCUACUUUUCUCCAAGCAGAGAGGGGGAGGGAGACGGCUGGUUUCGCUAGCUACUUUUCUCCAAGCAGAGAGGGGGAGGGAGAAGGCUGGUUUCGCUAGCUACUUUUCUCCAAGCAGAGAGGGGUAGGGAGACGGCUGGUUUCGCUAGCUACUUUUCUCCAAGCAGAGAGGGGGAGGGAGACGGCUGGUUUCGCUAGCUACUUUUCUCCAAGCAGAGAGGGGGAGGGGGACGGCUGGUUUCGCUAGCUACUUUUCUCCAAGCAGAGAGGGGGAGGGAGACGGCUGGUUUCGCUAGCUACUUUUCUCCAUGCAGAGAGGGGGAGGGAGACGGCUGGUUUCGCUAGCUACUUUCUCCAAGCAGAGAGGGGGAGGGAGACGGCUGGUUUCGCUAGCUACUUUUCUCCAAGCAGAGAGGGAGAGGGAGACAGCUGGUUUCGCUAGCUUCUUUUCUCCUGAGUCCCCGUCUCUUCUGUCUCUUUGAGGUCCCUGUUAAAGUUUGGUUUUAGGGUUGGGGAUUUUAAGUACUUGAUAUUGACUUGUGUACCUAUUUUGUUAAUAUAAUAAUAAAUUUAUAAAGGGUUGUUAA